AUGAGCCACACGCAGGUCUGGGACAUUGACGAGGAGAAGCUUCUGUGCCAUUUCUGCCUGGAGGAUGAAUGCAAGGAGGUGCUUUCAUGGUUUGAAGAAAAGGGUUACAAGCGUCCGGAGGUUUUUUCCGAACGGGUGGCUCUCUCCAAAAGCCUGCGUGAGGCCAGCAAUGAGCGCGUCAAGGAAGCGGACAUUCGGGAAGCCAUGAUGCUCGCGCUUUGCAGCCUGCACUGCCUGGAUUUCAACAAGGGUCAGUCAGUGCUGCACUCUGAAGACGAGAAGACGGAGGCAUCGGAUGCAAUUCUCCCUCUCCUGAGCAACCUGAGUUACAUCUUCUUGAAGCGCAACGACUCGCACAACUCCGUCCGGGCGGCCACCUUGGGACUCACCUAUUGUGACAGGAAGCCUGGCGCCCCAGCUCCCAUGCGGGCGAAGCUUCUAUUCCGCCGAGGUCUUGGAAGAUGCCAAGCGAAAGACUUCGAAGAUGCUUCUGCAGACUUCAUCGGUGCAGCGAGGAUCAUGCCAGACGAUCGCGAGAUUCGAAAUGCACUGGAGGAGUGCAAGGCAGCUGCCCGUAAACAGAGCAGCGACUCUCACAGCAAGUGGCGAGGAAUGAUGACAACGGGUACUGACAAACUGAAGGCUUCCGCACGAAGGUUCUACAAAAGGGCACGGCGACAAAUGCGCGAGGCAAUGGCAGGCAUGGCCGAACCCUUGUUGUUUCUGGCCAUUGUCCUUCUUGCACCUUUGAUCGCCGGUGCGGUGAAUUUCCUUCUGAAGUGGCUGAAGGGUAAAGCUAGGUAG